UGUGAGCGCAGCGAUAGCUCCACAUUGUGAUGAUGGUGACUGGAACUAUAUAACACACGGUCUCUUCAUAUUGUGACAACAGUGUGAUUGGCAUUAGUGUUUUAGGUACAGCAAGGCGAGGAUAUCGCUGAGUAUGGAGCUUUUGUUUGCUUUCCUCUGUACCUGUGGAAUAGUUUCCGCAGUUGUGGCAGUCAAUGUUCCGCCUCAAAAUGCCGACAAAAUACACGAGCCGCUAUCCAAGGUUUCUAAAGAUAUUAAAGGCCGAGCAUUCUGGCCUGACUUGCUAGAAACGCUGUAUGAAAAUAAGUAUGGUACAUCAAGGGAAGAUUCGGACACUGCAGAUGUUGAAAACAGAGACAUUAAUCGAGUGGAAGAAUUUAUUAAAUCAGUUUUAUCUGAUGACAAACUUUCAAAACUCCAAAACAAACCGAGCUUAAAUUCAGAGUUGCUCGACGAAAAAGAACAGAUGCCUCUAACGAAGAUAAAUUUAUCAAACGAUUUGGAUUCUUUACCGUCCAACAACUCAGAAACAAAAAAUGAAUUUGAUAAUGCACACGACAAAAACCCAGGAAACACCACAAUAAACCCUAUACCGAACACAUUUGAAGGUACACAGAACCAAAUUCUACCCAAUGAAAAUAUGGAAGAGAACGAUGUUUUGAGAUGCCCCCUCAAAGAGAGAAUGGCAUACACUGAUUGUGGGUCCCGCAAGUCAUGUCCUUCCUCGUGUUCCGGGCAAGGAGAUUGUGCUUACCCAUACUGUGACUAUCGAGGGGAGUGUCAGUGUAGAGAAGCCGAGUGCAGUAAUGGUAGCAUGUGUUGGUUCUACCGGCUUCCUUGCCAGGGAACAUUCUCCUGUAUCCAGGGCACCUGUCGGUGUGAUGACGGUCGAUGACGUCACUUGUAGACAUUUGCGCAAUGAUGGUGUGUGAUAACGACAUUUUCUCCUUUUGACUUCUGUGAAACAUUUUGAACCUUAAGUUAUUACUGUGUCUCCAAAAGCAUGUACCCUUUCGCCGUUUGGAUGUUUUGUAUUCAAAGGAAAGGUGAAUUAAAAAAGGCAAACACAUAACACACACAUGAAUGUAAUAAUAGCCUUAUUUAAAUCGUUCAAGCGUUUAAAGAAAUGUCGUCUUUUUGUUAUUUGUUCAUGAAAAUAUAAAAGUAGAAUAUUUGUGUUAUUGCGUAUCAAAACUACUUAGUGCCUAUUCUCUCUUUGUCAACUUAUCGUGAUACAGAAUUAUUUUGGGUAUUUUCGGAGAUAAAACGUAGCAAGAACCAGAAUUGUCUUCAAUUGUUUCAGGGCACUUAGUCAGGAAACAUAAUAAAUACUUGUGAAGCUCCAUGAGGUAAUGUAGCCCCUGGCGCGCACAAGACUUAUGCUGUCCUAGAUAAGUUCAUAGGACCUCUUCUCAUGCCUGCAUGUUUUUUUUUUAUAUUCUACUCAACUUAGGCCUAGCUACACUCCUGUGAAUAAUUUAAUAUACUGUCUCAUGUGAAACAGACGUUCGCAGUUUAAUCUUCCCCGUCCAUUACCAUAACCUAGUAAAGUUUCUAGGUAAGAUACAUUAUUUAUGUAAUGAUAUAAAUCAACGGAAUUAGAUCAGCAACCGCAUUGUUUACUUAUGGUUAGAGGAGACAAACAUCCAUGUAUCCGAGAAUCUUCAAGACAUAGAAUUAUUAUGUGGACACGUAUAUAAAUUUUAUAAAUAUGUUAGCAGUAAAAUUCAAAAACUUCUUAUCGAUCAUAAAACAUGAGUCGGAUCGAUCAUUAGAUAUGAGUUGAGGCAC